AUGUCAAAAGACGGCCCUUUAGAAUUUGAUGUACAAGUUACACCUCUUUCAACACAAAUUGAUCCAGGUAUUUUCAACUGUGGAGAUAGCUUUGACGUUACUUUAACAAUUAAAGUCAAAACUCCGAACGCAUUUUCUCAUAAAGGAAUUUAUUUUGAGUUUUGUUCAGAACUUAUACCAGAAAAAGGAAGAGUUAUGAGUUUGUCAUCAAGUGUUUCCACUUUAUUGACAGAAUCAGGCUCUUUCUCCGGAGUUAUGGAAUGUCAACUUCCACAGCUCACAAUUCCAUCAAAUGUACAGACAUAUCAUGGAGAACUAUUCUCAAUUAAGCAUCUCCUCAAGUUUAUUGUCAAGAAAUCCUUCGGUUCAGUCGAACAUCAACAUGAAAUCAUAGCUUACUCAUAUACACCAUGCGUUUCCAAAUUACAACCACUUUGCGUUCGUGUGGCUGUUGCAGAAAACAUUAGAAUCGAUUUACUCAUCAACAGAAGAAAAUUCGAACUAAAUGACGUUUUACUUGGUGGCGCACAUUUCUUAUUAGUUGCGCUUAAGAUAUAUAAGUUUACCGUUGAUUUGGUUGCUCAAGAGAUCUUAGAUUCAGGAAAUAAAACAAAGAAACAUACAAAUGUUAUUUUCACAUGGGAAAUUACAGAUGGAGCUCCAAUUAAAGGCGAAAUUAUCCCAUUCAGACUAUUCUUGGCCCCUCUUAAGUUAUCUCCAAGUGUUGUAGAUCAAACAAAAGGAUAUUCUGUUUCCCACUUCCUCCACUUCUAUAUUUGGACAACAUCAGGCACAAAAUACUUCAAAGCACUCCAGAUUAAGCUUGGUAAAUGGAAUUCUCUUCCAUUCAAUUUCACUGAUUCUGAUAAGAAAUAA